AUGGUAGUGGAUCCGAGGCAGUUGGAGAAGUGUGCACUGGAGGCUGACAUCCGAGCACUACUGGGAUUAGAUCGUGACGAGGAUGAGUACGGGGCGCAGGUUGGCGAGGUUGCUAGUUUGUCUAGGUGGUAUAGAGGAUUUGGUUUGUUGGGUGUGGGAGCUUUGAUUCAUUUGCAGCAGUCUGGGCCGCCAGCUAGAGAGGCUCAGUGUUACCUUCUUUUGCUGCUUGGGUCCACACUGUUCGUAGAUAAGAGUAAGGACCGCGUUUCUGCUGUUGUCAACUUGUUUGUGAAGAGGCCGGAUAUGCUAGGAGAGUAUGCGUGGGGGGCAGGAGCACUUGAUUAUCUGUACAGGCAGCUUGGUAUUGCCUCCCAGGCGGAGGCUAAGGGAGUGGCGGGUUGUCUGACUUUACUACAGUGUUGGAUUUACGACCACUUUCAUACUUUGAGGCCUAGUCGGUUGGAGCCACGAGAGCUGGAGCGGGGACAGGCAUGA